AUGGAACCAGAAAGAACAGGGUUAGACUGUGGGAGCUCUCUCCCUGUUCCCUGUGUUCAGGAGCUUGCGAAGGAGACGACGGCGACAGUGCCGUCGCGGUAUGUCCGUUCCGAUCAGGACACUCCCAACAUCUCCUACUCCACAGCUUGUUUACCCCAAGUCCCGGUCAUCGACAUGCAAAAGCUUUUCUCCCCGGAAUUUAUGGACUCCGAGCUGGAGAAGUUGCACCAUGCAAGCAAAGAAUGGGGUUUCUUCCAGUCCUUUCAAGUAAAAGUUGGAAAUGUUUUGCAGUUAAUAAAUCAUGGGGUGAGCACUUCAUUGUUGGAGAAGAUAAAAUUAGACAUUCAAGAAUUUUUUAAGCUGCCGAUGGAAGAGAAGAAGAAAUACUGGCAAAAACCAGGAGAAUUGGAAGGGUUUGGGCAGGCCUUUGUUGUGUCUGAUGAGCAAAAGCUUGACUGGGGAGACAUGUUUGCUCUCGUCACCCUUCCAACCCAUAGUGUGGCUCCCAAGCUUCCCCUCCCAUUCAGUGAAAACUUAGAAGCCUACUCAGCAGAACUUCAAAACCUUGCCAUGAAAAUCCUUGAACUUAUGGCAAAAGCUCUAAGAAUGGAAAAUAAUGAGAUGAAUAACCUGUUUGAAGAUGGGUGGCAGACAAUUAGGAUGAACUACUACCCUCCAUGUCCGCAACUGGAGCUUGUCAUCGGCCUCAACACUCACUCCGACACCGUCGGCCUAACAAUCCUCCUCCAACUCAAUGAAAUGGAAGGCCUCCAGAUAAGAAAAGAUGGGAUGUGGAUUCCCGUCAUACCCCUCCCUAAUGCUUUUGUUGUCAACAUUGGAGACAUUUUAGAGAUUGUGACCAAUGGAAUAUAUCGUAGCAUCGAGCAUCGUGCGACUGUAAACUCAGCAAAGGAGAGGCUUUCUAUGGCUACAUUUUACAAUCCAAAAGUGGAAGUAGAUUUGGGUCCAGCCCCAAGCUUUAUUACUCCAGAAUCACCAGCAUUAUUCCAAAGAAUAGGUGUUGCAGAAUACUUCAAGAGACUUUCCACACACAAACUCGAUGGGAAGGCGUACAUUGAUGCAUUGAGGAUCCAAAAUGAGGAACAAAAAGGAUUUUGAGACUAACCCUUUCGUUUUGAAAACUCAUUGACUAUUCUACUUUCUAUAAGGAAAUAAAUGUCAUGAAAGCUACUGUGUAAGGAGUGCUUGUGGCUCAUGUAUAUGCUCCAUCUGGUUUGAUUUUAUGCAAGCCGGAUUUAGGUAGCGUCUCAACGAGCAAAGGUGCUCAACUAUGUUCAUUCAAAUGUUUGGAGACCAGUGACAAUAUCUUCAA